AGAGAGAGAGAGAGAGAGAGAUUGGUUGGGUGGGGGUUCACAGAAGGUUUCAUUGGGUUCUGAGUUGUCAGUAUCUCGUCUGAUUUCUGUGUCGCACUGAGCGGAUUCACUCGUUUCCAUCAAAUCUCCAUCGACGGCAUUUCGUCAUUUACGCGGUAAACAUGCAACGUUUCGGCAACUGCGGCUGAUGUGAUACCGACACAACCCGACUAUGGAAUGUGGGCAAUGCACAGCUGUCAAACUCUUCUUUGAUCGACCGCGAUGAUCACCAUGGCAAUAAUUACGCGUCGGCAACGCAGCGCGAUAUGGAGAACGUGUGAGAGCGCGCUGUGUGUCAGAUAGUGACCGUCUCCAGAUCAUGCGCGUAUGUGUCUGUGUGUACUGUAUGUGUGUGAAUCCGUCCUGCUCUAGACCGAUGGGCAUGGCCCGGCGCAGGUGAACGCAAGUUCGCCCGGCUCGCAGUGUCGUUUGGUGAAGCGGUACCGGCUGUUGCGCAUCCUGUCGGUUGAAACCCAGUGCGGAUGGGUGGUGGUUCCGCACCGCAAAGAGGUCCCCCCGCCUCGCACAGAGAGACCACCCGGAUUCUGCAGAGCAAUGCCUCGACGCGGAGACGAACAUCUUUACAUAUUGGAGAAGUGCAGUGGGCGACUGCAUAUAGGCUGAUUGUGCGCGCAACAGAUUUGGGCCUGGACCGCGGCCAGUCGUGACUUUUGCCUGGCGACACGAACGCGCACCCCACCGCGUCUGGACGCGUGAGUUUGGACCCUUGCCCUCCGCGCAACAGCUGCAAGUUGGUGCCACUAAAGACCUAAAGAUCUAUCUAUCUAUCUAUCUAUCUAUCUAUCUAUCUAUCUAUCUAUCUAUCUAUCUAUCUAUCUAUCUAUCUAUCUAUCUAUCUAUCUAUCUAUCUAUCUAUCUAUCUAUCUAUCUAUCUAUCUAUCUAUCUAUCUAUCUAUCUAUCUAUCUAUCUAUCCUCAAACACGCCGAUAAACUCAAGCGCACAGGGGUUGCAGGUGUGUAACGCUGGUCAGGAUGCAGGUGUCAUUUGCCUGUACGGAACACAAUCUGAAGAGCCGCAGUGAGGACCGGUUGUGCGGCCUGAGGACUGCCCCUCCACCAGGGGGCAGCAGCGGAGGAGGUGCCGGGAGCGGACAAGGGGGCAACGGCAACUAUGCCCCUCAGGGCUCAGCCAAAUCACGGGACGCAGGUGUGCCCCGCCCUCUGCCACAAGGCCACGCCCACAUGAAAGAGGCGAUUGGACGGCACAGCAGCAUGAAAUACAGAAAUCUUGGGAAAUCUGGCCUGCGUGUUUCCUGCUUGGGUCUCGGCACCUGGGUGACAUUUGGCUCUCAGAUCUCUGAUGAGAUGGCAGAGAGUUUAAUGACGAUAGCCUUUGAGAACGGAGUGAAUCUGUUCGACACGGCUGAAGUAUACGCUUCAGGCAGGGCUGAAGUCACUCUGGGGAACAUCAUUAAGAAUAAAGGCUGGAGACGGUCCAGUUACGUCAUAACAACUAAGAUCUACUGGGGAGGACAGGCAGAGACAGAGAGAGGGCUGUCCAGAAAACACAUCAUCGAAGGUCUCAGAGGUUCUCUGUCUAGACUGCAGCUGGAUUAUGUGGAUCUCGUCUUUGCCAAUCGAAGCGAUGUGAACAGUCCUAUGGAAGAGGUGGUACGUGCCAUGACAUUUGUUAUAAACCAGGGUAUGGCCAUGUACUGGGGCACGUCACGCUGGAGUGCAAUGGAGAUAAUGGAGGCAUACUCUGUAGCGAGACAGUUUAACCUAAUCCCACCCGUGUGCGAACAGGCCGAGUAUCAUUACUUUCAGAGGGAUAAAGUUGAAGUACAGCUCCCUGAGCUUUACCACAAGAUCGGUGUGGGAGCAAUGACGUGGUCUCCUCUGGCAUGCGGACUCAUCACAGGGAAAUACAGCGACGGCGUUCCCGACUGUUCGCGGGCCUCAAUGAAAGGAUAUCAGUGGCUGAAGGAGCGAGUACACAGUGAAGAAGGACGCAGACAACUGGCCAAAAUUAAAGAGCUCCAUCUGGUGGCCGACAGGUUGGGCUGCACAGCUGCGCAGCUUGCGAUCGCCUGGUGUUUACGUAGCGAGGGGGUCAGUUCAGUACUUCUUGGUGUUUCCAACACAGACCAACUUCUUGAGAACCUUGGAGCCCUGCGGAUUCUGUCCCAAAUGACUCCUCAGACCGUAGGCGAGAUAGAUGCACUCCUGGGCAACAAGCCUCACUCCAAGAAAGAGUCACGUGCGUGAGAGAACGAGACGAUUGCCGAAAUACUUUCAGCCGGACAAAGAAAAGGAAAGCGAAAGGGGGAAACGACUGAACGCGGCGUCCCAUCGCUUCUCUGCUCUCCCGUAUAUUACAACGCCUGCAUGCCUUCUGCAACCUGCUUUCUGCCCAUACCGCACCGCUCUCUGUAACCCAACUCAAAUAUCCAAACAUACCUACAAACAAAACGUGCAAACUGCCGUCGGCCACCUCGCAGAAAUGCGAGGAACGAGAUCUUUCUUUACUUGGAGACACCAAAGUUUUUGUCUUCCAGGAGGAAGUCUUGCAGAAAGAGGAAAUAUAGGAGGCGAAUGACGACUUCAUGACCUCUCUCGCCCCUUUCCCUCACCAGUGGACGAGCUGUUAUGAGAGAGCGUGUGUUAACUUAGGCAUGAACGAGUGUUUGUACGUGUGCAUGCAGUGACACUUCAAAUCGAACCUCGAUGUCCGGCGUGCACCUCAAAAACCAGACGCCACGUCUCACGGUGUGGACAGCGCAAUAGCCGCUUGACGUUGCCAGAUGUUUACGAAAGCUGCUUGUCGCAUUUGUUGGGACGUGCGCUGUCUGUCGAGGUGCAGAAGAGCAUGGCGGACUCUCCGGCGUGUGACAGGAACACGCAGCGACUGCAGAUGGCUGGUUGGACACAUCACAAGUCUUCCUCCGUUUCCCUCCUUUCCAUCUCUCCUUGUGUUUACAAUGGUGCACCUGUCCCUUUAAGAGAAUCUGUGCAGUUGUAGGAGGGGUGUGUGUGUGUGUGUGUGUGUGUGUGUGUGUGUGUGUGUGUGUGUGCGUGUGUGUGCGUGCGUGCGUGUGUGUGUGUGUGUGUGUGUGUGUGUGUGCGUGCGUGCGUGCGUGCGUGUGUGUAUAUGUGUGUGUGGUGCCUCACAAACGUGUUCAUAGCUAAUUCCUUAUUUACCAAAAAAUGACUGAAACUCAUCAUUUGAAUGUGACAUUGUUAUACAGUGACCUGAAAAUGUAUUUGGGCGCUUAAGCCACACAUCACAUCUUAUGGUUUUUAUUGUAUUUGACCAAAGAAUCCCAAUUUUAUUAAAUUGUUACAUUGUUACAAUAGACGUUUGUUAGAUUUGAAAUGAAUAAUGACAGAUAUAUUGUGAGAAAAGGCUCCGCAUGAUUUGACAUCUCGCUUGAAAGUCCUGGUACAUUUUAAGGCCACUCUGUGUGAAAAUGAACAGAAAUAUAAAGGAUACCUAAAUAUUAACAUCCCAUACUUUGUCAUUUUAGAGACUUUUGUGGUAAUGAUAUAAUUUGGUCUUUUGGCAUAUUACUAUGAGAACACUGCAGAUGGGAUUUUGGCCCAUUUUUGUAGGCAUACUUGCUCGAGGUCAUACUUUGGCAAAGGGAUUGCGGUUUUUGUUAUUUUAUUAUAGUUUAUUAAAAAUUUAAUUAAAUUGAUUUAUAUAGCAAUGUAAACAGAUAAAUAAUAAAAUGACAAACUGCAUAAGAAAUUAAACUAAAAAAUAACAUGAAAUAUAAAAAUUAAAGCUAAUUCAAAAUACAUAUAUAUUUCGACAUAUACAAAACUAAAAUAAAACUGACAACAAAACUAUUAUAAGUCUGGUAACUUGUAACUGCAGACUAGUGUUCAUGUGGACAGUUCAGGUCACUAACAGUCUUGUUCGCAAUCUUUUCCUUAUUUUCUGACAUCGCUAUACAAUCUAAUCAAUAAGGAUGCCAAAAGGUUUAAAAAAGGCAAAAAACAGUAGGCCUACACUGUAAAAAAAAUUCUGUAAAAAAAAAAAAAAAUUCUGUAAGCUGGAGAAAUCGAAAUAUACAUUAAAAUAUUUUUUUCCUGUAAAUUACAGGAUAUAAGGAUAUAUAUGAAAUUGUUUUUCUUGUAAAUUUGUUGUAUUUUUCCUGUAAUUUUACGUUUUUUGACCGUAUUUCAAAGAUAAUUAAAAAACAAAAAAAUUGACAUUUUACGUGGAAAUCUGUAAAAAAAAGAAAGAAAAUUUCUGUAAAAUUACGUUUUGUUUUUUUACAGUUUAUGUUUUGCAUAAAACAAUUUCACAUGUAAUCAUUUAUAAUUGCAGCGCUUAAAAAGAAAUAAAACUACAUUUAAAUGUUGAAUAUGUAAAUCAUUGAAAUAAGAGAACCGGGUGUGAAUACUUUUGCGAGGCAUCAUACAUGUAUGUUUGCGUGCGUGUGGAGCAUGGCUUCUGUGGUCAGCGUCCUUUGCACUAAGUGGACAGUGUCAUAAUUUUAUGAUCAUAGUUCACAAGUAGUCAUGACGGUUAACAUGACCAGAGAACUGUGCUAGUAUUGAUGUGUGUUUGACACACACACGCUGCGUCAGUGACAAUGAAAAGCGAAGCACUUCACUAGUUUGUGUGUUUGUGUCGUUUCAUGAUUUCGAACAGGCACAGAUGAGACUCCUGCACAUUGGCUGGAUUAAAUUAAUAUUUACUGUCUAUUUCAUUUGGCCAACAUUGUAUAUGUGCAGUGCCAUACAACAAGGCUGUCCAAUCCAACUCAUGUUACACGUGUUACAGACAAGCACCGGCCUAGACUUUGUUCAGACAGGCAGAAAAAAUCUGUGGUCUGUUUAGUUAAAUCGUAAUAAGAUAACGUAAAAUGAUUCACUGGGUAUUUACUUCACUGUCAAAACAAAUAGAUUUUAUGACUUACAAAAAGAUGUGCAGAAAGUUAACAAAAACAAAUCAGAUUUGAGUGCCGUUCGAACAAAGAUUAGGACUUUGUUUGGGACAAGAUUAGGAGAAAAAAUGAACACAAAAACUUUCAGCACAGUAAACAGGUAUAGACAUUAUCUGACCCUUCAUUUAUAAAAAAUAAUUUAAAUUCUUUGAGUUCAAGUUAAUGCCAUCUAAAUGUUUGACGUGGAUUUUAGAUAGAAAUUGUCCUAAGACCAGUUUUUUAAGAGAUAAAGGUUUAAUGGUCAAACUGGGCCACUUUUACACGGGGUAACAUAAAUCCCUUUAUUCUUUACUUGUAAUGCAAAUUUACCAGUCUGUAUUCUCUCUAAUGUCUCUUUGUGUUUAUAUUCCUCGAUGACUUAUGUAAGUAUUGUACCUGAGUUGGUUAUGGAAAUAUUUUUGGCAUCUAUGUUAGAAAGAAAAGGCUUUUUUUAAAAGACAUGCAUAACCAUUAGCAAGACGGAACUAUCAUUAGUUUACAGAACUAAUACAUUUAGUGCACUCCCUCAUAUGGUGAUUUUGCCUGAAUAUGUUAAAAUUUACUGUCAUGCAACAAGGGAAAAAAACGUGAAAAAGAAAAAAACUAACAAGAACAAGCCCUGUACUGAAUGUAUCUUGCUUGCCUUUAAAAUGUGUGGAGAAAACUGUUGUCACAUGUGUCAUUUAUAUCAACGGCUACAGCAUUUGCAUGUUAAACAUACCAACAUACCACACGCACGCACACACACACACACACACACGCACACAU